UGCAACCAACACGCGCUUUCUUAAAAAAAAAAAAAAAAAAAAAACCCAAAAGGGGGGGAAAAGGGAGGAAAAUUGGGGGAAAAAACUGCUCGUUUUCCUUCAACCUCUCGCUCUUGAUCCCAAAUUCUCAACUGGGUUUCUCUCCUUUCUCUAUCUGGAGAAACCUCCAGCUUCUUUUUUUAAUUAUUUAUUUAUUUCCUGAGUAAAAUAAAUCUCCAGCUUUUUGGUGUGAAUCCGAUCUACAAAGGAUACAGGAAUUUUGAAGGAUCAUAAAUGGGUUUCUCUCUUUGGAAAUAAAGCUGUUGGGAGUCGCAGAAAGGUGUGUGGAUAAUUUCUUAGUAUCUGAAUUUUUUUCAAUCUUCAACCUUGUUUUGCUGCAAUGACCAAGGAGGUCAUGGAGAGCGAUGUCGGCUCAACAACCCCUGCGCAUCUAACGCCUAAUGCAGAGUUGGAGAAGACUUCUGGUGGUUCAGUUACCGGCAGUUCACCAUCUAUAAAAAGUGAGGAAAAAGUUCAAUCUCGUUAUCUGAGCCCCCACAUGGCUUCUUGCCAUGAUUUUUGCAAAUACGGAAAGAAACAUGAUUCUGAGGCUGAGGCAAGGUAUCUAGGCUUUAGAAAAUUCUUGAAGAAGAAGAAGAAGGAGAAAGUCAAAGUUGAAGAACAAAAUCAAGUGACAGUUCUAGUUCCUGAGGAGAGGAGGAUAAGAACAGUGACAAAGCCAAAGGCAAUGCCCAAUGUGGAAGUCAAGUUGCCUGAUAACGCUAAAAGCCCAAAGCCACAGACUCCACCAUCUGUGAAGAAGAAGACAAUUCAGUCAUCCCUUGAGAACGAACAAGGUCAGGUAAAAAGUCUAAACUCAGGAAACAAGGUAAAAGUGAUUAAAGGAGGGACUCGUCUUUCUCCUCUUCAGUCCAAAUCUUCUCCUGACCAGCCAAAUGUUAUAAAAUUGGAGGAUCUUUCACCUGAUUCUAGCAUGGAUGCCUCCAAGCAAUGUGUUAUCACCGGUGAUAAGCUUAAAUUAUCUGCCAAGAAACCUAUAUCACCUAUUAUCCACGAAGUGACUCAGCAAAAUGAACCAGUUGCCAUAAAAGAAACCCAAAGAAUCAAGCAGAAAGGGCCAUCUUUACAUCCAAAACGAGUUGAUGGUGCUGGAAAGCCAGCAAUCCCUUUGAAGACAAAGACUCCGCUAAUAAGGUCUCUAUCUAAGCGCAAGUCUUCACAAAGUCUAGUUGCUCGAAGAAAUCAAGGGAACAAGAUCACGUGGAGUCUGUCAAAAACAUCCACCGAUUCUUCCUCCAAAUCUACACAAAAUGAUAGUGCUCAAGGAGAUAAGGAUGACAAAAUAUCGAAGAGUCACACAACAUCAAAAGUUGUAGAGAGGAAAAGAUUGAAGCCAACCCAAGCGUCUCUUUCCUCCAAAGUACCUCAAGACAAUGCUUCAAAUUUGCAACUAAGAAAAGUCAGACGCACGAGGCGGACCUUGACACCUCAUGAGACUGUUUCGAACUUGCAACCAACAAAACUCAGGAGCAUUAAGCAGCCCUUAAAGCCUCAUGAGACUGUUUCAAACUUGCAGCUAAGAAAACUUAGGAGCACUAAGCGGACAAGUACUCAUGAAAGUAGUUCAAGCUUGCAGCUAAGGAAACUCAGGAGCAUUAAGCGGACUCUAGCUACUCAUGACGGUGCUUCAAGCUUGCAGCUAAGAAAGCUCAGGAGCGUUAAGAGGGCAUCGACACUUCAUGACAAUGCUUCAAGCUUGCAGCUAAGGAAACUCAGGAGCGUUAAGAGGGCAUCGACACUUCAUGACGAUGCUUCAAACUUGGAGCUAAGGAAACUCAGGAGCAUUAAGAAGACCUCUACAUCUCAUGACGAUGCUUCAAGCUUGCAGCUAAGGAAACUCAGGAGCAUUAAGAAGACCUCUACAUCUCAUGAAAAUGUUUCAGAUUCACAACCAAUAAAACUUUGGAAUAGACUCUGGAAUGGAAAACAUAACUCAAUGUCUCGUGAGGGUCUUUCAAGCUUGCAACCAAGAAAGCUUAGGAGCUUGAAGCGGAGCUCUUCUAUGAAGGAUAAAGAAAAAGCUGGGAAGGCUGACAAUAGAGACACAAAAACAGGAAGCAACAAUUUAGAUCCAGCUUUGAAGAUUGAGCAAUCUGAAUCUGCAACUAGUGGUCUGAAUGACGAGGAAAUAGAAAGAAAUAAUGAGGCUGGAGUGUCGAUAGACGUUGAGAAGAAGAUGCUUAGAAGAAUCGCAGCUGCUAGUGCUCGCCAAGAAGAUAAUGCUUCUGCACCUUUCAAGUUGAAGUUUAAAAGAGGCAAAAUAAUUAAUCUUCGGUCCGAUAGCAUGGGAUCAAGAAGACUCUGGUUCAAUCUUGGAAAAUUCGCUAGUGACAAUCUCAAUGGCGCUAGUCUGCUAAGGGGGAAAAGCUUCAGGAGAAAGAAGGAUAAUUUAGAGUCAAGUAUUCCUGAUUCAGGGGUACAAUCUGUUGUUUUGAAGCAUCAAGGAGUGACAGAGAAGAAAGACGCACAAUCUCUCUUCAAUCAUGUGAUUGAAGAGACCGCGAGCAAGCUUGUGGAGACAAGGAAGAGCAAGGUGAAGGCGCUGGUGGGUGCUUUUGAAACUGUGAUCUCUCUUCAAGAAAGUAAACCAGCGUCAGCAGUGUGAGUUGCAAAUUUAAUAACACUGUUUUUCUAUGUUUUGCUUUGAGUGAGUUUGUAUCAUCCUGUAAAUUACCUGAAAGGUUGACUUGUAACAUAAUAAGGUUCGUUUGUAUGUGUAUGUUUGGUUGGUUGGAUGCGUGCUGGUUUCUGUGUAUUUGUUUGAGGAGAACGAAGUUUGAGAAAUAAAACUUGUUUUCAGAGUGGUGUAUAAUUUA